GUCUCAUUUGCAUAGUGCGCAGUAUAUAAAGUGCGCAUGAGGCUGCAGACAUCACUCUGCCUGCGCCUGAUCCAUACUCCUGCCAUCAGUCAGAAAAUCUGAUCUCCUGCAAACAUGUCUGACAAACCUGAUAUCUCAGAGGUUACAAACUUCGACAAGACCAAGCUGAAGAAGACGGAGACUUCUGAGAAGAACACCCUACCAACCAAAGAAGUCAUCGAGCAGGAGAAGUCAGGAUGAAGGCCGGGCCUCCUGCACGCUGUACAUUCCACAAGCCUUGCCCCUCUUUUUCACCCUUUCCCACAUGCAUUCUAAGAUGCAGCAGUCUGCUUUGACAAAUUGCAGCACAACAACACACAAACCUGUCACUUGCCUAAAAUGUCCCUCUGUACAAUAAGGAAGAUUGGCUCAGCGUUGGCAUGGGUUCCUUGUCAUCAGUUUUGCUGUGGCUGAAAGUCAAGGUGUGUUCUGAAACAACUGAAGGACCUGCGCUUUACCACCUCUAGUCCUCUGGCCACCUGUGAACACUCACAAAGCGUUCUUUUUUAUAAAGAGAAGAUUACUGGAAUGCACAAGUAUAAAUAUGCAAAAUAAAAAGUGUAAAUUAA